CGCGCCGGGUCCCGGGGCGUGCGGCCGCGAGGGCGGCGGAGACGGGGCUGGUGGAGGUUCCCGCUGCCCGGUGUCCCACUGUAUGGACUUGUUCAUGAUGAACUGCGAGCUGCUGGCCACCUGCAGCGCCCUGGGCUACCUGGAAGGGGACAUUUACCACCGGGAGCCCGACUGCCUGGAGAGUGUCAAGGACCUGAUCCGGUACCUGCGUCACGAGGAUGAGACCCGGGAUGUCCGGCAGCAACUGGGAGCAGCCCAGAUCCUGCAGAAUGAUCUCUUGCCCAUCCUGGUCCAGUACCCUCAGGACAAGGUGCUCUUUGAUGCCGUUAUCAGACUGAUGGUGAACCUGACCCAGCCAGCUUUGCUCUGCUUUGGCAAAGUGCCCCCAGAUGCCACCUCCCGGCACCACUUUCUGCAAGUCUUGUCUUAUCUCCAGGCUUACAAAGAGGCUUUUGCUAGCGAGAAGGUUUUUGUGGUGCUCAGUGAGAAGCUCUACGACCUGCUGCAGCUGGACUGGGAGCAGCGGCAGGAGGAGGACACGCUGCUGAUCGAGAGGAUCCUGCUGCUGGUGCGCAACGUGCUGCACGUCCCCCCGGAUCCCACCGAGGAGCAGGGUGUGGAUGGUGAUGCCAGCGUGCACGACCGGGUGCUGUGGGCACUGCACAUCAGCGGGAUGGAUGAUCUGCUCAAGUUCCUGGCCAGUGCCCAGACGGAGCAGCAGUGGGCCCUGCACGUCCUGGAGAUCAUCUCCCUCAUGUUCCGCGACCAGAGUCCGGAGGAGCUGGCGGUGCUGGGGCAGGGUCAGGGAGCUGCUGAGCAUGGGGAGGACACACGGGAGCUGCAGACCCUGCGGCAACGGGAGCUGGCGGAGAAGAGGGCCCGAGCGCUGCAGCGUCCGUCCAGGCACUCUCGCUUUGGUGGCUCCUACGUCCUGCAGGGCCUGAAGGCGAUCGGGGACCGGGACGUCGUCUUCCAUAAGGGGCUGCACAACCUGAAGAGCUACAGCCAUGACCUGGGCAAGGAGCUGCGGCGGGUGCCACGGCGUCGCCAGGCGGCCCCGGAGACCGAGAUCCCGCGGCGCUCUGCACGCAACGUCCGUCUGUUCCUGCGCUGCUUCUGCCAGGACUUCCUGGAGAACUGCUACAACCGCCUGAUGCUGCAGGUCAAGGACCAGCUGGUGCGAGAGAAGGCUCAGCAGCACGAUGAGACCUACUACCUCUGGGCCACUGCCUUCUUCAUGGCCUUCAACCGCCGCCGUGGCUUCCGCCCUGAGCUGGUGUCGGAGACGGUCGGCGUCCGUGCCUUCCACUUCAUCGAGCAGAACCUCACCACCUACUAUGAGAUGGCGCUGAUGGACAAGAAGGAGGCGGCAACCUGGGCCCAUAGGAUGCAUCUGGCCCUGAAGGCAUACCAGGAACUGCUGCGGACCGUGCAGGAGAUGGACCGGUCCCCUGAGCAGGCGGUGCGGGACAGCAGCCAGGUCAUCAAAAGCAACAUCUUCUACCUGAUGGAGUACCGGGAGCUCUUCCUCGCUCUCUUCCGCAAGUUCGAUGAGACCAAGCAGCCUCGGAGCUUCUUGCGGGACCUGGUGGAGACAGCUCAUCUCUUUCUCCGCAUGCUGGAGCGCUUCUGCCAGGGCCGUGCUAGCCUUGUUGUGCAGAGCAAGCGUGUGCGGAGGAAGAAGAAGCGGCGGGCACCGUCAGCGCCUGUCCCACCACCGCCCAGCGCUGCGGGGCUGGAGGAGCUGUGGGCAGGGUUGGCCCCCCAGCUCCAGGCCUGCCUGCAGGGCCAGGUGUCCCUUCCUGAGGAUGUGGUGCCUUUUGACGCUGCCUCGGAGACGCCGGUGGAAGAGCAGCGUGCGGAGGCUCUGCUGCGGAUCCAGGGGUGCCUGCGGGAUGCCCAGGUCCCCCAGGCCCUGCGGCUGCUCCGUUCUGCCAGGGACAUCUGGCCAGAAGGUGACGUGUUCGGACACCCCGAAGCGGGGCCAGACGAGGAGACCCGGCUGCUGCGGGAGAUCCUCUUCGCUGCCUUGCCCCGGCCCGAGGUUGAGGAGGUGGAGGAAGAGGAAGAGGAGGAAGAAGAAGAGGAAGAAGAGACCAUGCAGGUGUCAGAGAAGGAGUUCAACUUCCUCGACUACCUGAAACGGUUUGCCUGCGCCCCGGUGGUCCGGGCACUGGUGCUGCUGUUGCGGGGGUACAACUGCAACAGCCCCCGCACCAACCACUGCGCUGCCCGCCUGCUGCACCGCCUGGCCCGUGACCUGCACAUGGAGGCCCUGCUCUUCCAGCUCUCCCUCUUCACCCUCUUCCACCGCCUGCUCAGCGACCCCGCUGCCAGCGCCUACCAGGAGCUGGUGGCCUUGGCCAAGUUCAUCCUGGGCAAGUUCUUCACGCUGGCAGCCACCAACAAAAAAGCCUUUGUGGAGCUGCUCUUCUGGAAAAGCCCAACAGCCAUUCGGGAAAUGACCGAGGGCUACAGCUCCCUGGGGGAGGGAGAGAGGACUGCCAGGAGCCGGGGCCCUCCUUGGACACCCCAAGAAGAGCAGGAGCUGCGGGAGCUCUACUGGAAGUACAAAGAGGUGGAAGUUGAGGACAUCAUCACCAACAUCCUGUCCCAUCUCCCUGGGAGGACACGGAAGCAGGUGGUGAAGCAGCUGGUGCGGCUGGGGCUGGCUGCCAGUGCCAGGGACUUCCCACGGGAGAGGAAGGGCACUCGCCUGGUGCUGUGGACAGAGGAGCAGGAGGAGGAGCUGAGGAGGCUCUUUGAGGAGUUCCAGGGCUCGGAAGAUGUCCUGGGGAACAUCAUGAAGCACCUGACGGCACGGCGGUCCCGGGCUCGGGUGGUGGAGAAGCUGCUGGGGCUGGGGCUGGUGUCAGAGCGCAAGGAGCUGUACAAGAAGCGCCGCAGAAAGGGCCACGGCGCUGGGCCGGCUGCGGCAGCUGCCCCAGCAGUGACACCCCAGGACAGCUCAGCAGAAGAUGGGGACAGCGAGGAGGAGGAGGAGGAGGAUGAAGCAGAUCACUGGGUGCCCGAGGAAGGGGCUGGGCAGGGUCUGGCACAUCAUCUGCAUCAGGAAGGCCUGUCCGGUCCCCUGCAGUGGCUGGAGAACAGCCUGAGGAGGACAGCGGGGGACCGGGAGGAGGACGGUGUGUCCCACCCUGUGCCCCUGGUGCCGCUUUCGGAGGAGAACGAGGAUGCCAUGGAGGACCGGCGCUUCCAGGCGCUGCUGCGGCAGCUGGGGCUGCGGCCCCCCUCCAGCGAGCAGGAAUCCUUCUGGCGCAUCCCGGCAGCCCUCACCCCGCAGCAGCUCCGACGUGCAGCCGCCUCCAUUGCCCACCCUGACUCUCCAGCGUCCCCCCAGGGGCUGCUGCAGCCCCUCAGGUGCCCCCAGGACCCCGCUGCAGCAGCAGAGCAGUCGCUGGCCAGGCUGGGAUCGGACUCGGAGAGUGAGGAGCAUGUCCCUGACCCCAGCUCAGUGCUGCCUGGCACCAAGAGGCGACGGGAGCUUCACAGCGAGGAUGAGGACAUGGGGAGCUCAGGUGCAGAGCCAGCCCCUGCAGCCCCCUGCUCUCAGGAGGAUGAGGAUGAGGACGAGGACCCCCAGCCCUGGGGGCGGCGAAAGCGCAUCCGCUGCUUGGAGGAGGAGGAGGAAGAGGAUUGAGGGGCCUCUGAGUGCCCUGCACUGUUUUCUGGGUUUUCUUCAGGUUUUAAAGAUGUUUUUGAGGUGCUAUGGAAGAAGGUGGUGGCUCUGCCUUCCCUGGUUGCCAUUUCCCUGCUUCACCCCAACUCUCUCUUUUCCCUCAGCUGUUGAUUUUUAGUUCCUAACACCUUUUAAAUCUCCAAAUACAACAAAAUAAAUAAACA